AGUUGACACUGAUAGCAAGUAAAAUAUGUAAACACAAAAACAUUAAAAUAUGUUUAUUUAGAAUAAUUAUUUAACCACUUCAUUUCUUUGUAAAUAAACCACUAUAAGAUGUGUACUAAAGGAGCCAAAAUAGCAGAGCUAUUUACAAAAACCAUUGCUACAACAAAAUGUUUCGAUCAUAACCUAAAAAAGGUCAAAGUAGUAUGCUGUGAUAACGGAAGGAUGGUGACAGAAUUCCAAGUAGGGCCGGAGCAUCUGAACCAAAGAGGCACUUUGCAUGGAGGCUUUAUUGCACACUUAGUAGAUGCUGUGUCCACAUAUGCACUCACUGCUAAUGAAAAUGUUGAUACCAGAGGUGUCUCAAUUGAUCUUAGUAUCAGGUCCAGCUGCUGGGAAGGGAUUAGGCAACGUGUACACAACUCAUGAGUCAUGAUAAAUAAAUUAUUGAUUUACCAACCACCUUAAACGACGCAAGUACAAAUAAUGAGGAACCUCGCACAUCACCUAGGAAGGAAUAUGAAUUAUUUUUGCAAUUAAAAUAUAUAAAUCAA